CAUUGAACUCUCCAUUUCGUUUGAGUGAUUCAGCCACUCUGCAUGUCUGCCAGCACUGCAUUCCUACUGUAUCCACCUUCCUGGAGCUGCAGUUAAAGCGUUAUAGCUGACUCGUUACGAAAGCUCUUAGCCUUACGGUUCUUCUUGUUGCAGCUCAUGGCUUUUAGGUUGCUCUCCACGUGUCGUCAGAGAGUUUAAGAUUCCUCAUCCUGCCGUGCAGCUUUUUCCAGUUCGUCUGACUAACCUCGCUGUUUCUCUAGUCAUGUCCGAGAAAGUGAGUGCAGCAGCUAUUUCGCAACAGAAGCUACCAGACUCAGCGCAUCGGAAGCUUAAGGUGACUCGUCUCAACCACCGUCCACCGCCUGGUCUAACAUCAGUUCCUUCCAGCGAGCCUGACUCAGCUCCUGAAAAUCAAGUCGUAUCUGUUGAGCCUAAAGGUUCUCUGGAUCCCGUGGUUCCUGCAUCGGCUGCUUCUGCUGCUAAGGCCUCUAGGUCCUUUCUCCAAGAAGUUGAUGGCGAUACAGAUUCUGACCCGGACUCUGACUAUCAGAAGGUGAAAUUGCCUCGCAGGAACGUGAGUCGACCUUCUCAGGCGACCGCUGCUCCAACUGGCCUUCCUGCAGAUUCUAAAAAACACAGUGUACCGUUAGCUGCUUCUUCUGCUAAGGCCUCUAGGUCCUCUCUCAAUGACACAGAUGGUGAUAUAGUUUCUGACUCGGACUCUGACUAUCCGAAGGUCAAGUUGCCUCGCAUUUACAAGAAUCAGCCUUCUCGCCUGACUCCUGCUCCAUCUGACCUGCCUUUCGUAGUCCCUGCGAGUCGCACCGUCCCUUCAGACCCCGUCGCUGCUCCCAUCCUUCCAUCUUCUACCCCGGCCGCUGAAGCUCCUGAAGCUCCUGAAGCUGCUGAAUCCUCCCGCGUUGACUCAGCUAACCCUGCUCUGGAGGCAUCGGCGCCAGCCACCAGCAUUUCUCAUGGCCCACCGGGGACUGGGGGUCAGGGUGGUGGUGCCAGACCAGCAGAACCGGCGACUCCCAGCAGUCGUUAUAAGAAGCGGCUGAACCAGAGUCUCGGAGGCGUGGAGCAGCUGACGCCUACCUCGAAGCGGUGGAAAUUCGCAGAUCGGAGCUAUCGGGCGAGCUUAGGAGGCGGCGUGGCGCGCAUUGCAGCGAUUACUCUGCUUUCGAAGGACCCCUCGGCCGUGGAUGCUGCUUCUCUCAUUGAAGACGACGCUGCGUGGUUCGAGAAGAGACGAAUGACCUUAACGCCGGCCAGACGGCGUCCUUCCCUUGGAGCGUCUGUCAGACGUAGAGUCACUCCUGGGCCUGCUGGUCAGGGAGGGUGGAGCCUUCAGCGGUGCGCACUGAUGCAGGAGCCGGGACAAGCAGGGUCGGAAGCGGGAAAAGCUGGUGUGAAGCAGGCGGGACACGAGGAGGUAAAGCAAACGGGGGAAGCUGUUUCGAAGCAAGUGGGAGAAGCUGGUUCAAUAGAAGCGGGUCAAGCGGGGGAAGGUGGUUUGAAGACAAUGGCGACAGGGGAGAAGGACAAUCGCGAUGCUACGACUGCUGAGCAAGGCCAGGCGAGUGGUGAAGCAAGCAAGCAGGGAGCGGACGGGCCUGUGGAACUGACCAAGGAGUUUCUCGAGUCACGUAUGAACGUCAUCUUCGCGCAGGAGACCUGCAACGCGGACCAGAAGCCGCUGGGAAUUGCCAGGCAGGUCAAAGCAUGCCUGAAGCGGUGCUAUCUCGCGUCCAUGCUUGAUAUCAGAGCGUUUGAAACGAGCACAAAUGAGGGGAACGGGGAUGAGGAUGAGAACGCGGGGAAGGCCGAUGGAAUGCCGUCAGGCAAGCGGGUUGAGCGGGCCACGGAGGAGCAGACGGCUGUGGAAGGGAGGAAAGAGUCGUUAGCUGCCGUACUGUUCCGGUUGCAGGGACUGAGAGAGAUCAAGGAGGAUCUGUUGAAGGAGAUGCAGGAGAUUGAGGCUGUGGAGAAGCGAGAGGAGGCCGAGGAGGAAGAAUCGCUGCAGAACAUUGAGGAGGAAGUGGAGAAAAGCGACGGGGGAGAGGGGGAUGUGUCAGACGCUCAGCUUGCAGAAUUGAUUGAGGAGACUCUCCCUGUGGUCAAAGCUAAGAACGAGAGUACACGCCUAUGGACAAGCACCACCCUCGCCCUGUGCGAGCGGGCGGCUGAAGUGGAGCAGCGGCUUCUUCAGGCACACCCUACGGCUGUAGCUGCUGCUGUUGAUGCAGCAGGUGAUGAUUCCAAGGUGACAACGGGAGCCACAGUGAGAGGACCUGGGGGGUUUGCAGGAGUUCCACUGGCAGUGUUGACUCCACAAACAGCAGCUAGGGGCCUGGCGAAUCUUGGGCACCCGGAUAUGCCUGCAGACUUAGAGUGACUCGAGAUGGUUGGAGUGACAGGGACUGGGAAAGACAAGUGGCUGGUACUGCUGGUGGGAUGGGUUUGUGCAGGUGGGAAUGGGGAUACUGACCUACUGUAGGUAUGCCUUCAGCACUAACUCUUGUGCAAACUUCUAACUACUGCAUGGCCAUUUAGGGUUGCUUGCUUGCUGAACAAUGCUGACCAUCUCGUAGGGUUGUUGUUGUCAUGUUUACUUUAAGCAUAUCA